AUGUUUUUGCAGAAGUUGGAAAAGUCAAGACUACAUCGAAAUGCUAUGGAAGUUACCACUGAUGAUGGCAGUAAUGAUGAUGGUUUUUUGUUGAAGACAGUGAAUCUAAGUGGGCUAUCAGAGAAAAUUGAUGAUAAAAAAUGCGUUAGUGGAGUAGCAGCUGCACAACAAAACAAUUCAACAACAUUACUACCACCAGUUUCACUAUCAUACAUUCCUAAGCGAACUUCACAACGUGAUUUCAUGAACAUAGUUACUGCAGUGCUAUCUCCACUUUCAUUCUCUUCUGCUAUGCGCAUGAAUCAGAAAAGUUGGUAUUCUGAAAGUGCAAGUUUUGGUGGGCUUGAAAUGGAUGCUAUUAACAAUGAAACCAAAGUGGGAAUUAAUGAACAAUCAUAUGUUUUACCAUCGAUAACGCUCAAAGGUCCAAAAAAUCAUGGAAAAGACAUCACGUGGAAUAAUCAACACAAAUCAAUAAUGGAUCACAUCCCUAAAUCUUCUGAAAAUACAGUGUAUCCGGAUGUUUUGAACGAUGAAAGUGAAUCUUUGUGUAUAUCACCGCCCCAUCUGAAUCCUGAUAUAUUCACAAAGCUUCUGGAAACGCCCAGAAAAUUUAAAUGGUUUGAAAAUUUUGAACAAGAUCAAGAGAAUGCUUGGAAUUGUAGUAGGCAAACACCGAACAGCCUAUCGUAUACGAAUUAUGACAAGAAACGAUAUAUUAUGCUUUCGGAUAAAAAUACGCAUGACGAAACAUUAAUUGGAAGAAUCACAGAUACGUUAGAAAGGCCACAAAUAUUGGAUAGCAAUAUAUCGCAAGAUAAUCAAGACCAAGUGAAUAUCACCACUAAAACUCCAUCGAAUUAUGUAAAUCUUGAUGAUCUGAAUGAUAAUGAUAUUUCUUCAUGCACAUCGUCCUUUCUUUCGGGAAACAGUGAUACGUUAACUUCUGAAGAAAUUGAGGAAAAACGAAAUGAAAGUUCCUUCGAAGCACUUUUACCAAACGAGCUUAACUCCUUAACGCUUGAUAAAAUGGACAUUCUUGAAGAAGCUAAUCCAACAUCAUCUGACAUUUCACGUUCUCACUAUUUUCAUGGUAUUCCACUGAGUAAAAAAGAAAGUUGCAGCAGUCUAGACGAUGUGAAAGAAUUAUUUCAUAAAUAUAAUGAUCGGGUUGAUUUGUCGCAUAUGGAGGAAAUUUGUUUAGCAUCUAAGUUGUGCCCACUCUGGAAACAACCACUUUACAAUUGCAUCUCUACUUCAGUUUCAAAUUUCAUUGAUUUUAAUGAAUUCACAAAUUGGUGGAAAAAAUUUAAAGAAAAUGCUUACGAUGAGGCUUCACGCUUUGUUUACAUUUUAACGAAUGGAAGCCGAAAUUUCCUUGUUGCAGAUGAUUUUGAAGCACUUAUGCAGGACUUAAUUGAGACAUUACCCUCACUGAGCUUCUUGAAAGAAGCAAAUACCUUCCAUCAAGCAUACAUCAAAACAGUGACAGCACGCAUUUUCUGGACUGUUUGUCAUUCUUGGAAAAAACAUAUUUCAAUAGCAGAAUUACGUUCAUCAAAUCUAUUAAAGGCAAUUAGAGCACUGGAAAAAGUAGACGUCAAUGAAGAACGUGAAUUUUUUAGUUACGAACAUUUUUACGUUAUUUACUAUAACUUUUAUUUGUUGGAUAAAGAUAAAAAGAAUUACUUAACACCGUUUGAUCUUUCUCUUUAUUCCAAUUGUGCAUUAACAAAUUUGGUAGUGGAGCGCAUUUUUUCCGGAGCUGUAUCACCGAAUUGUUCAAUGAAACAAAUUAUGGACUACAUUGCAUUUGUCAAUUUCUUAUUGGCAGAAGUUGACAAAUGUCACCCGAAAAGUAUCGAGUACUGGUUCCGAAUAAUGGAUUUAAAUGGAGAUGGUCGCAUUUCAUUUGAUGAAAUGGAACGAUUUUAUAACGAAAUAGUAGCAAAUGUUGUCAAUAUGGAUGUGGAUACACUAAUAUUCAAUAAUUUAGUAAACAUGUUAAAAGAUAUGAUAUCACCACAUUCACCGACAUAUUUUACAUUAUCCGAUCUUAAACGAUCUCCUUCACUGGCGCGUUAUUUCUUCGAUACUUUUACCAAUUGGAUGAAACACAUUGCACAAGAAAGUUGCAAGCCUGUUAGAAGAAACGUAGCGAAUUCACGAUUCAGCGAUUGGAAUCGCUACUGUAAAUCGAAAUACGAAAUAUUAAGAGCAAAAUUAUCGAAUAAUGACAAGGAAACAUUAGUUAAUGAAAUUUUGAAUAGUCUAAAUCUAGUAAUGAAAAAAGAAAUCAUAUCCGCUAUUUUCCAAAGCUGCGAAUUAUUCUUUUUCUAA